CCUGUGGGGGCUGAUGCAGGGGGAGGGCAGGCCCUGGGCUGGGAUGGGAGUGGUUCCUUUCCCCUUGGGCCUCUCAAGGCCUGCUGGGUUGGAGUGGGAGAGGUGGCCCAGUAACCCCACCUCUGCUGUUUCCACCAGACCACCUCUCCCCUUUCCCCUUUCCCCUCCUCUCCCGACGGCCUCCCCUUUCUCUCUCCAUAGGCACCUUAGGGAUGAGGUGAAUGACAGGCUGGCGGCCCUGCCAGGAAGGGUGGGCCAAACCUUCUGGGCCGGGGAGUGGCCCCUGCAGCCCAGCAGCUGUGUCCCACCCCCUCCUUCAGCACAGAUGGGGAGUGGAGGCCGGCACUCCAUCUGCUCCCCCCAGACUCACACCUCCCCGUUCCCAGCUCUUCCUCUUUCCGGUUUCCUUAAAAACCUGGCCCAAGUCUCCUGCUGUCCCUAGUGGAACCAAAGGACCGGAGGGAGUCUCAGGGUGACAGUCAUAAUAUUCAUCCCCACGGCCAGACCCUGUGCUGAGCUCUUCCCACGUACGAUCUCAUUGAAUCCUCUCAACAACCCCAGUGCACAGAUGAGGAAAUUGAGGUGCAGAGAGCAUGAGGGACCUGCCAAGUCAUACACAGCGGCCCCUGAAACAGUCCCUGGGAAGCUCCCUGUGCCGCGAGUCCCACUGGAAGUGCCUGCUCCUCACGCUGCUCAUCCACUCCUGUGGCGCCGUGGUGGCCUGGUGUCGCCUGGCUACGGUGCCGCGGCUGGUCCUGGGGCCCGAGGCGGCCCUGGCCCGCGGGGCCGGGGCCCCGCCGCCCACCUACCCGGCCAGCCCCUGCUCGGAUGGCUACCUGUACAUCCCGCUGGCCUUCGUCUCCCUCCUCUACCUCCUCUACCUGGCCGAGUGCUGGCACUGCCACAUGCGGGCGUGCCAGGCGCCGCGCACCGACGCGCACACGGUGCUGGCGCUGAUCCGCCGGCUGCAGCAGGCGCCGCCCUGCGUCUGGUGGAAGGCCACCAGCUACCACUACGUGCGCCGCACCCGCCAGAUCACCCGCUACCGCAACGGCGACGCCUACACCACCACGCAGGUCUACCACGAGCGCGCCGACAGCCGCACGGCGCGCGCCGAGUUCGACUACUCGGCGCACGGGGUGCGCGACGUGUCCAAGGAGCUGGUGGGGCUGGCGGAGCACGCGGCCACGCGCCUGCGCUUCACCAAGUGCUUCAGCUUCGGCAGCGCCGAGGCCGAGGCCUCGUACCUCACGCAGCGGGCCCGCUUCUUCGGCGCCAACGAGGGCCUGGACGACUACCUGGAGGCCCGCGAGGGCAUGCACCUGAAGGACGUGGACUUCCGCGACUGCCUGCUGGUGUUCGCCGACCCGCGCCGCCCGCCCUGGUACGCGCGCGCCUGGGUCUUCUGGCUCGUGUCGGCCGCCACGCUGUCCUGGCCGCUGCGCGUGGUGGCGGCGUGCGGGACGGCGCACGUGCACUACCAGGUGGAGAAGCUGUUCGGCGCCGGCUCGCCCGCGCCCGGCGCCCCGCCCAGCGCGCCGCCCCUCUCGCGCGUGGCCACCGUGGACUUCACCGAGCUCGAGUGGCACAUCUGCUCCAACCGGCAGCUGGUGCCCAGCUACUCGGAGGCCGUGGUCAUGGGGGCCGGCGCGGGCGCAUACCUCCGCGGCUGCCAGCGCUGCCGCCGCUCGGUCAGCAACAACUCGCUGCCCCCGGCCCGGGACGGGCGGGCCCCGUCUGGGGUCUUCCGGAGCCUGAGCGGGGGGCCGCUGGGGGGCCGCGGGGACGACACGGAGCCCCUGGAAAGCCCCCCGUGCUAUGAGGACGCCCUCUACUUCCCGGUGCUCAUCGUCCACGGGGACAGCGGCUGCCAGGGGGACGGGCAGGGGGCCUUCUGAGACCCCUGGGCCCCGAAGCGGCCCCGCCCCCGCCCCGCCCCGCCGAGGGCCUCCAGGCCUGAGUGACUCCCAAACAGACCAGAACGCAGUGACCCCGGGGCCUUUGCGGGCUCCACCGAGGCUGAGUCUACGAACUGUCCCAGCAUGGCUCCUGCCCGCCACCACCGCGUCCCACCCCCUGUGAUGGCAGACGAUCUGUCUUGGGAGUCCUUCUGUCUGGGCAGGGGAGGAAGUUUCCAGAAAGCUGAAAUGGAGGCAUCCUGGGGACAGGUGUGGCCUGCAGCACAGGGCCUCCUGCGGGUCCUCCCUGCGUGGCUGCGGCCACACUGGGAGCCCUAGAGCCACCCAGAGCACACAUUGGUGGUUUGGGGCCAUGCCCAGCUGGGCUGACAUCCAUGAAGCUGAAGAGCUGGUUACGAUAGCACCACGGCCUGGGCCCUACAGCCACCCAAGGUCCCCAUCCUCCACCCCUGACAGCCGCCCUCCUGCCCUCUGGCCUCUUGGGGCCAGUCCCUGAUCAGACCCUGCAGCACAGCCCCUCUCCCGGGAGCCUGGUUCUUAGAGCACAGCCUUGCCCCUCCCUACCCGCCAGUUUCCCUGGGGUACUCACCCCACAUCCAGCAACCCUAUAACCCAAGGCUUCUUCUCAGGCCUUGAACCACAUUCCCUGGUCCCUGCUCCUCGCCCCCCACCCCCAAGUCCAGGUCUGCCUCUGUCAUCCACGCACACACCCUCUGGGCUUCUCUGCUCUUCAUUUUCCUGGUGAUCCACAGGGCCCAGGGCCACAGGGCAUCCGAGGGGCCUCAGCCUGACACAGCCUCCUGGACGAUGCCCUUGCUCUGCCAUGGAGGCCUCUGCUUCCCUGAUCAGUAGGGCCUGGCCCAGGGGACACCCCUCUCCCAGGGAGGAAAGAGUAGUCCCUUCCCUUCCAACUGGGGCUUCCACCCCCUCUCAGGGGCUGGUGGGGGAGGGAGGAGACAGCGAAGAUGCAGAUAAAAUAAAAGGUAUAAAAUGGAA